AUGGCCGCAGACGACGGCCUGAGUGCCGUGCUCGCCGAGGAGGAGCCCGCGUCAGACUUGUUCGAGGAGGAGUUCGAGGAGGACGACGACGAGGAGGACGAGAAUUCGCGCCACCGCCGCCACAGGGAUCGCGAAGCGGUCGCCUCGGAGAACGGAGGCACCCCGGCGCAAUCUCCGGCCACCCCGGCUGCCGCGCCGACCGCCGCGCCGGUCGAGGGCAGCGGCUCCGGCGCCACCAGCACCAGUGCCGCCGGCGUCGGCGCCGCCAGCGCCGCCGGCGCGGCGGGUAAGACGCUGUGCUUGCGCUCGCUCCCUCCCGACUUUUCGCCGCGGGAGCUGCGCUGCCUCGUCGGGCUGCUUCCCGGCUUCGAGGACUGUCACCUGGUCGGCCGCGACGGGAUCGGCUUCGUGCGCUUCGCCAGCGCCGACGAGGCGAAGGCCGCCUGCUCACUGCUCUCUGCCUUUGUUGUCGAUCCGGCAGCAGAGCCGCCCCGGCCGCUGAUGGCGGAGGUGGCGAGGCGGGAGCUGGAGAGCCGCGUGCCUCGGCCGCGUCAGCCGCGGAACGGCAGGCCGCCCGUGCCUGCGGCUCCUCUCCUUCCUCACGCGGGCCUCGCGGGCAGACCAACCCCCCUCGACCGCCCGCUCUACUACGGCCGGCCGGGCCCAGGGCAAGGGCAAGACUACCAGCGAGCCCGCUUCGCCCCGCCGCCGCCCUACCCGCACCACCACCCGGCCGGCCUGCACGCGCCGCUCCACGCCUCCGCCCCAAACGGCUUCCCGCCCCCCGACCGAAAGAGACCGCGGCAUGACGAGCCGCUCCCGGACGGGAACAGAGGCUCGCGAGACACGCUCUGCAUCCGCGGCUUCGACCCGGCCGCAGGCGGCGGCUGGGCUGCGCCCGGCGGCCUCGGCCCUCUGCAGGUCGAGUUCGCCCGCCGCUCGAUGCAGCCCGGCCCCGGAGGAGGAGGAGGAGGAGGAGGAGGAGGCGCAGGCCCGCCGCCGACCCUCGCCGCGCCGCCUCGCGUCGCGUUCAGCGGCGGGCCGGGGCACCGCCGGGCCAGCGGGCCGUACUGAGGACCCCGCCCGGCCCUCUCGGCGUCGGCGGAUCGAUCCCCUCGACUGCGCGCGAAGAGCCGCGGGCGAUGGGCGGGUAACGCGACCCUUCUCUCUCGUCCCUCCGCGCAUGGUAUGUACGGGAGAGAUCUCACGCUUUCUCACUCUGUCUCCACAGAAGUCAGAGCGACGUCUCAUGCAGGAUCUCACAUCAGCUAUACCGUAACUAUACCGCGCUGACGGGCACCGCGACGGCUUUACCACAUCCACAAUUUUGACAUCCACACACACUCAUCAGAUCGGUCAUCAGCUCUCUACAGCAUCUUACUGGCGUU